AUGUCGCAAGCCAACUACAUCAAGAAAGUCGCCAUCGUGGGAGCGACCGGGACAGUCGGCAAACCCAUCGUCGAAGCCCUGCUCAAACUCGGCAAGCACGAGCUCACGGCCCUCACCCGCCAAGACAGCAACGCCAUCAUGCCCCAGGGCCUCAAAGCCACCAAGGUAAACUACGCCGAGUCAACCUCUCUCGCCGCCGGCCUGGCAGGCCAAGACGCCCUGAUUAUCACGCUGCCGGGCACCACGCCCCAGGCGACGCACUUCGCGCUCAUCGAGGCCGCCGCCGCCGCCAAGGUGCCGUUCAUCCUGCCCAACCUAUGGGGCAUCGACGUCUCAUUCAACGAUGUGGGCAGGGAUCUGUACAUGGGGCCCACGAUCCUCGACGUGUGCGCGAAGAUUGAGGAGCAUGGUGUGAGUGCCUGGAUGGGCAUGGUGACGGGGUUCUGGUACGAGUUUAGUCUUGGGAUGGGGCCGAACACGUACGGGAUGGAUUGGAAGAACCGCACUUUUACGUUCUUUGAUGAUGGGGAGACUUUGAUUAACACUAUCACCUGGCCGCAGACCGGCCGCGCAGUAGCCAACCUCCUCUCCCUCCCCAUCUCGCCCGCCCCCGCCUCACCCGGCGCACCCUCCCUCUCAAACUACAAGAAUAAAUACGUCUACACAUCAUCAUUCCUCAUGAGCCAAAAGGAGAUGUUCGCCUCCGUACUGCGCGUCUCAGGCACCUCGUCCUCGGACUGGACGCUCAAGUACCAGCCCAGCGCCGAGCGCGUGGACGAGGGGAAGAAGGAGCUGGGCGAGGGUAAGGGGCAGGCCGCCUAUCAGAAGUUGCUCUAUAGUCGCGUCUUCUACCCCGAUGGCACGGGCAACUUUGAGGGCAGGAGGGGCUUGGAUAAUGAGGUGUUGGGGCUCCCGAGGGAGGACAUGGAUGAGUUUACGAGGAUUGCGAUUGAGCGUGCUGAGCAGGGGAUUGGUUAUGGGCACUGA